AUGUCGUCCGCAAGCACGCUCUCCGCGCGCGUCGCGCAUUCCGCCGGCGUCCGCGCCCCCGGCGGCGCUCGCCGCUCCUUUCGCGCGACGCGAAUCGUCUCUCGCGCCGUCGCCGAGGACGAGUCAUCCUCCUCCGCGGUCUACCAGCCCGCCGUGGCCCCCGAGCAGCCAUCCGGCGCCGACGUCAACGCGGCUGCGAAGAAGCGCCUGCUCGCGGUCGCCGCCGCGUCCGGCCGCGGCCUCGACGCCACCCCCGCGCAGAAGACCGCGGCGUCCUCGCUCAUCGCCGAGCUCAUCGCCGCCAACCCCAACCCGGAACCCGCCACCUCUCCCACCAUCGAUGGCGACUGGGAGCUUGUCUAUUCCGACACCUUCCUCUUCCGCUCCUCCCCGUUCUUCUGGGCGGUGGGCAGCAUGAUGGGCGACACCGCGGACUUCUUCUACCAGGCGCAUUCGCACCAGACGGGAAUCUUCGGCGGCGGCGUCGGGCGCGUGGUUCAGACCGUGGACACCAAGGGGGGUCGGCUCAUCAGUGACUGCGUCGUCAAGGCGUCUGUGGGCAUCCCGCUGCUGGGCUUCUCCCCGGUCUUCGCGGGAUACGGCUCGGUCAUCACCGCGGGGCGGUGCGCGGCGAAGGACGGUACGCGGCUGGCGGUGACCGCCGAGACCACGACGGUGAGACAGGACGACGCGAACGUGCUGCCGCAGCUCAACUUUCUCAACGGGACCACCGUGCCGGUGGAGGACGUGAUGAAGCAGGUUGGCGGGGGCGAGGCCGGGCCCGAGGUGUACCUCGACACCUUCUACCUCGACGACGAGAUGAGGAUCAGCAAGCUCGAGGACGGCAGCGUGUUCGUCUACCAGCGCUGCUGAGUACCAGUGUAGCACCGGAUGUCGUGAACAAGUGAGCAGCCGAAAGCAAGCUAAAGUUUGUCUAAAAGUUACCCCCGGCACUU